AUGGCAAGCCCAGCAAGUCCGACAGAAGAGGUUGGGAGGUUGUGGGAUAAAGCACUGAAAGAAUCGGGCAUCGACAAAAAGCUCAUCGACCGGUAUCAUGCCUCGACCGUAGUUGAUAUCCUUGACAAGAUCAACGAGGAGAAUGAGGCAUUUGGGAAAUGGCGUCACGAUGGAGGUUACCUUGAUAAGCUGAGGACACUGGUCAAAGAUGGAUUGGGGCCGAUCAACACUAUUGGCACUGUGGUCGCCGCCGAAACAUAUGUCAAUACUGAACUCCAAGAGCUACAAAGGCAAAAAGCUUCUAGUGCAGCCUUAUCGAGAGACUCGCUCGAGAUUGUAAAAUUUCAUUUCAAAACGCAUUUGGAUCCGUCGGCCGACGGGGCUAUCACAAAAUCUGAAUUGCCUCUGAUGGAAAUCAGAAAAUGUGCAAUCCUAGAAACGGGACAAUGGCUGUUCGAAAAACCCGAGUAUCUUGAAUGGACCUGGCAGAAAUCACGCAUCCUUAGAAUAUCUGGCGACCCAGGAACUGGAAAGUCGCACCUUGCCAGUUCAAUCAUUAAAGAUAUAUCGGAUCAAUUCGGUAAGGGGAGCAAGACCUUGAUCGCAUACUUUUUCUUCAAGUUCACAAGUCCGCACAGGCGUUCUGUUGAGAAUGCAUUGCGAAGCUGCAUCAUUCAAAUUGCCCAAAGAAACGAGGUCUUCCGCGAACGUGUCGCAAGAAAGCUUGAGGAUGAUGGAGUGGGGCUAGACAUCCCAAUGUUGAAGAGGGACAGACGCCUGGUCAGAGCCACCUAUGAUUCAAUGGACGAAUUCAGGGUCUUGAAAGGCAAUCUUCGACCCUCUAUUUUGAAAGCCGUUGCUAGAGCAUCUCAAGGUAUGUAUGUGCAGCUGGUACGUAAUCCAGGUAUACCUCACUCACGGAGACACAGCAUCUUCUUUUGGAGGGAGCCAGUAUCCGAUGAGUCUGAGGAUGAUCGCGAUUGGGACGGAUCGGAGUCAGAGCAGGAGUACGAGAACGAUGAUGCCGACUCCGCAUCAGUGGACUCUUUCUCGGGCGAGGAUCACAAUGUCGACGGCAAUGACGAUGGAAUCGGAGCGGAGAUUGAAAGCACAGAAAACCCAUCGGUCGUUCUCGAACCUGCUGUCCGAGAAUUGUCAGAUGGAGAAGAUCCUGGAUCCGACUCCGACGUUGACUUGCACUGGAAUUCUGAUUCGAACCCAUCUCAAAACGGCAAGAAAAAUGAAGAAAUUGAGGAAGCUUCUCGUGUAAGAGUUGAGCUCGUUCACGCAGCUUUCCGCGACUAUCUCGGCCGUGCUGAGAAAACGGACAGUGUUCCACCCCUCGUGACAAGGCUAUCUGAUUCGAAGCUCGAACUUGCAUUACGAACUCUCAAAGCAACGUGUGAUCGUACGCCUCGAGGGAGAUUUUUCCGGAAAUAUGCAUUUGUGCAUUGGGCUGAUCAUCUCUUUGACGUGUGUGAUGAGCGAUGCACAGAAGGCGAAGUGAAAGACCUCGUUAUUGCCAUUAUUAACAUGUUGCAACAGGCUGAGUCUCCUCUCACUAUCAAAAACAAUCAGAUUUAUAGCUACCUGAACUUGGGUUUGAACAAUGAACCCCAGAGCAGAGUUCGAGAGUUGAUCCUAAAAUGGCUGAGGAGAGUCUCUAACAUUGUCCCUCUGGUUGACCGUGCCCAAUUUCAUUCCAAGAAAGGGUAUCUCUUUUCUGACAUUCUCACCGUCGCAAAUGCGUUUCCUGCCAUCCAAAAGAAUUCCAUCGCCCGUCGGCAGAUAGCAGCAACAGCAGCUCACGCUUUCAUGUUUUCCGAAGCAGCCGCAGAACUAAAGGCCGCUCUGGAGACGAGCGAGGAUGAACUGCAAAAGUUUGAAAAUGGUGUUGCCCCUGCUUGGCUUGAAAGCAAGCAAGGAAAGCUUGGUAUGGCAUGUCAGAAACUCGAGGAGACUCUGGCAAGCCAUAGUGCCAAGAGCUUGGUGCAGGAGUUAGGAAGAGCACUCUUUAUGCUCGGAGACUUCUAUGCUGCUCAGCAGGACUAUUCCAAUGCGCUUCGGACAUACGAGCGGGGCAUGGAGGUGACUCCGAUUAAGUACAACCAUCUAUCCAACAAGGUUCUUCUUUGUCUGGAUGCUUUAGGUGGCGAGCAUUAUGCCAAGGUCAUGGAAGAAUUCACGGCUCUUGCUGAUGACGAUCAGUCAGAAUGGCUGUCCAGGUUCUCUUUUGAGGACAGGGAACCAAAUUCGGGCAAGUACCACGAUAUUCUGCAUCGUGCUGCGGCAGCAGUCGACGCUGACGAAGUGUCUACUUCUUCCGUCGAUUACGUACUCUGUUGUUAUGAUGCUGCUGCAAUCAAUAAAUCGCCGAACCCCGUUCAUUCAACACUCCUUCUUUAUCAAACAGCCAAGGCGUGCAAGGGCCCCUUUAAUAGGCCUGAACAAGCUUUCAAUAAGUACCAGAGGAUCUGCUAUGAUCACGACAGGGUACUGUUCCUACUAGCUGGAAAGCACAACCUCCUUCGGGAUAUUGCAAAAAUCUCCCGUGGCGAAGUAUCUGCCCUGAGUCGUGACACGAGAAUCUCACAACUAUAUACAUUAUCACAGCUCAAAAGCAAAAUCUGGUCAGUCAUGAAUCGCCGGAAUCGGGGACAAAAGCAUUACGAUCCUAUAUAUAAUGUGGAAUUCGCCGCCUACAAAUUGAACCAGGCAGAGCCAUCUUCAACCGACUCAGACUGGCCAGGCCAAGGAUUCAUAAGGGCGAGAUCCCGACAUAAUGUCAAUGUCUUACAAGAUACUACAGGCAGCAACGACCUCGAGAGUUUCAGGAGUCUGGCCAUCACCCUCGCCUACCAAGAUCUACCACAACUAGCACAGAUCUCGUUGUCUGCAAUGCUAUCUAACGUCAAUCCGGAGGCGUUCACAUACGAUCAUCCCACUACCGAGCACCACCAUGCGAAAGCUCACGGUGGGACGAAUUCGAAGCUGGAUGAAGAUCUCAUUCGCCCGGAACAACAUGCGACAGUUGUGGUGCGGGGAUCUUUGAUAUGUGCAGACCCGUAUAUCAAUGUCUCAACUGUUUUAAGUUGCUGUGUGUUGUAUGCUACGAUAGGUUGUUCAUUGAAGAUCGUUUGA